AUGAGCUCUCACGAGAACUCGGGGCCCUCGAACCCGAUCCAUCACAUCUUACCUACGGGCUCCGAGCAUAACGACGGCACCACUCCAAAGCCGCACCAUGGCAACCACGGUGGCGGCGGCGGAGGUCUUCUCUCAAUCCACCACGAAGGCGAGUCUGGCCGCUCAGGAAUCCAUCCAGUCUCCUUCCUCAAGAUCCUUUUUCGAAGCUCGUCCCGAGUCUCCAUGAUCGUCAAUGUCUUCUGGCCAUUCGUGCUGGUUGCUAUCAUCCUGCACUUCCUGCCUGGCGAGCACAGUGAAACAUUGCAGAAAUGGGUCUUUGCGACCGCUUACGUGGGCAUGAUCCCAGCUGCGAACCUCCUCGGCUUCGCGGGCCAGGAGCUCGCCAGGAAGAUGCCAAAGGUUGCGGGCAUUCUGAUCGAAACUGCCCUGGGCAGCAUUGUGGAGAUCGUGCUUUUUGUCAUCUUGAUCGUCAAGCACCAGGAUCCCGAACCAGGAGAUGAUGACAACUCGGCAGAAGAGUCGAAUCUCAUCCCUGUCAUUCAAGCCGCGAUAUUGGGUUCUAUUCUCACGAACCUCUUGUUGUGUCUCGGUCUGUGCUUCUUCUUCGGGGGCAUUCGACAAAAGACUCAGACUUUCCACGCUGCAGUCAGUGAAGUUGGAUCCGGUCUGUUGCUUGUUGCAGGCUUUGGUCUGCUGAUCCCUAGCGCCUUCUAUUCUGCCUUGAAAGGAGAGACCCGAGCACUGGGUAAAUUAACCAGCCAGAAACUGCAAGAUGAUGUGCUGAAGAUGAGCCAAGCGACAAGUGUGAUUCUGAUCAUCGCUUUUGGUAUUUACAUUGUGUUCAAUGCACGCUCGCAGCACAGCAUCUUCGACGAGAUUCUCGAGGCUGAUGAGCUUCGUGAUGCCGACCACGCCUAUGACCUUGAAAAGGAGAAACUCACAUUCAGUGAAUGUGUACUUGCCAUCGUCACGAGCUUAUUCUUUGUCACACUUCUCGCCUUCUUCCUCGUGGAGCAAAUUGAACUAGUCGUCCACUCUGGUGUGCCCGAUCAGUUUUUGGGUUUGAUCUUGUUGCCACUUGUUGAGAAGGCAGCUGAGCAUCUCACUGCGAUCGAUGAGGCUUGGGAUGGUCAGAUGAACUUUGCAUUAUAUCAUUGUCUGGGACCGUCCAUUCAGACCGCCCUUUUCAAUGGGCCGCUAGUCGUGCUUGUCGGUUGGGCUCUAGGCAAAAAGAUGGAUUUGAAUUUUGAGAUUUUCAUGAUCGCCCUUCUCGUCCUGAGUAUCCUUGUCGUGGGAAAUUUCUUGAGAGACAAAGAGAGUAAUUAUCUCGAGGGCGCCUUGUUGGUGGUUGUUUACAUCAUCAUUGCCAUUGCUGCUUGGUUCUAUCCAGAUCCCGAUGUGGCCACCUCGAAUGACUUUGAUGGUGGUCUCAUCCCAAUUGUUGGCCCCGUUGGAACACUCGCUUCAGCUGCUGCUCAAGCUACCCAGGCUGUCGUGGGGCAGUUCGUUGCUCAACAGGCGUUUCUGGCUGUUGUUGAGCGUUGA